AGGACGGGCAGGGGGCCAGGCAGGGGCACAGCCAGGCGCUCCCCCAAGCGCCACCACCACCCCCCUUCUGACCGGACCCCUCCCCUCUCCCUCCCCUUUCUCCCCCCCCCCAUCCCCAGGGUACCUCAGCGACUACAUGGCGCCCUCGGCCUUCGAGGGGGACCCCGAGGCCGCGCUCAAGGUGCCCUCCCCGGCCGCCCUCUACCCCGGCGGGCGCGGCGACUUCGGCGCGGGGGACUCGGAGCCCCCCGACAGCCCCCACUCGGGCAUGGCCGGCGGGUACAUCAACGGCGACGCGGCCGUGAGCGAGGGCUACGCCGUGGACGCCUUCUUCAUCACGGACGGGCGGUCGCGGCGCAAGGCGGUGGCGGGGCCGGCGGCGCGGGCCCUGCCCCGGCACACGUGCGGCGAGUGCGGCAAGAGCUACGCCACCUCCUCCAACCUGAGCCGCCACAAGCAGACCCACCGCAGCCUGGACAGCAAGAUGGCCAAGAAGUGUCCGACGUGCGGCAAGGUGUACGUCUCCAUGCCGGCCAUGGCCAUGCACCUGCUGACGCACGACCUGAAGCACAAGUGCCAGGUGUGCGGCAAAGCCUUCAGCCGGCCCUGGCUGCUGCAGGGCCACAUGCGCUCCCACACCGGGGAGAAGCCGUUCGGCUGCGCCCACUGCGGCAAAGCCUUCGCCGACCGCUCCAACCUGCGCGCCCACAUGCAGACCCACUCGGCCUUCAAGCACUUCAAGUGCAAGCGCUGCAGCAAGACCUUCGCCCUCAAGUCCUAUCUCAACAAGCACUACGAGUCCGCCUGCUUCAAGGGGGCCGCGGCGCCCCUCAGCCCGCUGCGCCCCUGAGGGGGCCGCGCCCGCCCCCUUCAUCCCCCUCCUCCUCCUCCUCCUCCUCCUCCUCCUCCUCCGCCCCCUCCCCGGAGAGCCGCGGCGCGGGGUGGAGCCGCCGGGAAGGAGUCGCCGGGAAGGAGUCGCCGG